AUGAAGACGACACCUCUGAUUGCGACACUGUUGACCAUGGCGGCCCAGAUGACGACGGCCUUUGUGAGCCGAAUGCCAACACCGACCACUAGAUCGAAACCCUUGCACAUGUUACCAUCGACAACAGAGACGAUGCUGAGCCACGCGAAUAACUUUUGGGUGGCCACGAUUGACGCCGAUAUUGCCAAGAUUUCCGACAAUGAGUUUGCCCCUAUUUUUGCCGGAGGUAUCCUGGUCAUGUUUGGUGGCGUCAUUUCGGCAUUGAUUGUGGGGGCCAUUCUGGAUAGCACCAAUUCGUAUGCCGAAGUCAUUGCCGAUUCGUACGCGCAAUCGGCCGAAGACGAAGAAUUUUGGAAGGGACUCUCGGAAGAAGAACGCAAAAAGACACAGGAAUUACUGCAGAAAAUCAAGGAAAACAAAGAAGGUGGUGCACCAGCAGCGGCACCUGCUGCUGUCGAUACCACCAUUGCCGAGCAAGCUACCGAAGCAAUGAGUGCACAAGAAACGACAACAGCAGCAGCAGAACCGGAAACGGCAGCUCCUGCCAAGGCAAGUGACAAGUCCAUGUUUAGUGAUUACUAA